AACAGCUGUUUGGCUAUAUUGCUGUGGUGUUAACUUUUGACAAGAGAGUUUUUUAUAGUCGUGAAAAGAAAAGCGAAUGAUUUAUCCAAAUUUAAGGCAUUUAAAUGUUAUCGCGAAUAUUCCGUGGAGAAAAUGAAAAUGCCGCCGUCAAGAGAAAACGACAGAUCGAUACUUUGAAAAUUUUCAAUGAUCAUGUUUUGGAAUUGAGGGAAGAUGUGGAAUAUCAAGUACAAUUUGAUGCUGGAGAUAGGCGAAUGGCUAUUUUGGUCUCACUCUCACCGGAAUUUCCUCUAGAGAAGCCCGUUCUUCGGGUGACACCUCCGAUAACACAUCCUUGGUGUAAUGAGCACAGUGAAAUCACUAGUGCACCAGGAUUACUGCUCUUCACAGUUCACAGCGAUCUUGGUCGCGUUGUCCAGGCAAUUAUCAGAGAAUUCAGCAGAAAUCCACCGCAACUUUUAGAAGAUAAUUCACCGCCUUCCGCUGUACCACAUAUUGACAUUGCAGGAAGAGGUUCGCCAUCUUACGCUCUAAAUCCAUAUUUUGAACUUCCGUCGACAUCAUACAAUUCCUAUUAUAAUUCGCAAUAUCCUCAAUUUUCAUCACCAAACACGAAUUCAGGAAUAUUCAGUUACAAUUACACGAAUUCGGGCAAUACUUAUAUAUCGGAGAAUCAAUCCGGUACAACGCCGUCAUCGCAUCAUUCGUCAUACGUGACGAGCAAUAGAAAUCUACACAAUUCAAAUCCAGUUCAAUAUAAUUCACAAUCACACGCAAAUCAUACUUAUUCUAAUUUACAUCAUGUCAAUACAAAUAUUCAAAUGCAAAGUCAAAUACAAACACAAAUACCUCAGUGCACAUUUUUUCCUGAGCUGAACAACUUAACAAUUGAGGAAUUGAAGAAACUUAAUUGCGACGAUGAGAAAAUUGACGAACUCCUGGAGCAGCAUUCACAAUUAAAGGAUAUUGAUUCGGCAGUCGAGGACACGAUUGAUUGGGUAGAAAAAACAGCAGCUGCGAAUCUAGUGAAAGAAGACGAAUUAAAACAACUUCAAAAUGAAGUCCGAAGUAAAGUGGAAACCGUAAAGGAAUUAAAGGCCCGUUACGAUCAAUUAUUAAGAAAAUAUAAUAAUUUAUCGGAAAUAUUCACUCCCGAUCAUAUAAAAGAAUGCCUGCAAAAAUCCGCCGACGAUAGUCACGAGAAAAGUGAAAAAAUAGCCGAAGAUUUUCUAAAUCGAAAAAUUGACGUUGAACGUUUUUUAAGUACCUACAUUGAGUGUCGAAAAUUGGGACAAGCUAGAAGAACCAAGGAAGAAAAACUUGCUCAUCAAUUAAAUGAACUAAAACGAGCCGGUUUCUAAAAUAAUAACUAAAAUAAAAAUGCAUAAUUUCUAUUAUUAUAAAUACAAUAACGAACAAAUUGUACAUAUCUUUUAUGUUAAAUCAGACACGAAUUUUCUCUCUCUGAAAAAAAAAAUUCUUUCAAGUUUUUUCUUUUAGAAAAAAAUUUGAUUUUCAAGAAACAUUCCAAGAAUGAAAUGAAAAAAAAACAACUAAAAAUGUAGAGAAUUCGAAAAUAUAAUUUUACUGCGUCCGAGCCUGAUAAAAAAAAAAAGAAAUAUAAAAGUUUACCGUGUACAAUGUACAUAAUAUAAAUAAACUUGUAAAUCAUUGCAUUUCACGGCGAAUAUAUUAAAUUCUACAAAAUAUUCACGACGAAAUAAAUAUUCUCGAAAAAUUCUACAAAAUAUUCUCGAAAAUUUGUGAUAAAAAGCAAUUGUCCGCUAAAAUUAACGUAAAACGCAGCGAAUUUUUGAAAAUGCAAAGAAAAAAAGAAAAAAAUGCUUUUAUGCUUCAAGUGUAAUAGAAGUGUUUUAGAAGUCAAUCAAAUUUUUUGAUUUGACAAAUUAUAUUCAUAUUAUAUAUAUAUAGAAAUUAAAACCUAAGCGCUAUGAGAUAUUAUUAUUAUUACUAUUAUUAUUAUUUAAGGUGUUGCGCUGUGAAAAGGUACACCCAUUUCUCAAAAUAUUUUAACUUUUAAGAGAAAAAAGAGAGAUACGUUUUUUUUACCAUGUAAAUAAAAAUUUUAAGAAUGCGAUUUUAAAAGAAAA